AUGUCACAGUCGCCAUCCUUGCCACCUUCUGUAUCUAUGCAAGCUGAACCAAGCUCAUGGAGGUCCAAUCAAGAACUUUAUUGGGGCCUUGCAAAUCAAGUGAUCCCUGAUUUGGACAACCUUCCAGACAUGUUUUAUGAUCAUGUGGCCAUAUUCUCACAGGGGUGCUUGGAUUGUGCUGUGAAUCAGUUCUACAACCAUCAAGAGUACAAAAAGAAUCAAAUAUUCUCGACUCAACAGCACAGGCCAACAGGUUGUUCAAGAAAUUCCUCUACAAGUUUGUUUGACCACUUUCCUGAUUUUCUGCUGAACUUUGAUUUUGAUCCAGAGGUUGGAAACUAUUUGCUUGUCUUUGAUCUCACCACAGUGGACAACUGCAUCUUCAGGUGCCCCGCAAAAACCAAACCGGCAACUUCUUUCAGUGGUUACAGAAUAUGGCCCAAGCAUGUAUCCAUACCUCGAGGUUGCCAGGAAAGGCUAUCUCCAAAUUGCUGA